AUGCCCCUCUCACCCGUUUCGGUCGUUGUCGGAACUACGAUCGCAACUGCUAUCGUGGUGAUAGGUACAGGAUAUGCAUUCAAGAAGUUUGUAUACGAUCCCCAUCUAUCACAUCAUAUUGAAGCUCUGAUAUCUCAGCAUCAGCAUCAACAGGAACAGCGACAGGCGAUUCCAAUCUCAGUCCCAGUCGAUGCGGAAGAAGCGAAAUUGGGUUCUACUCGUAUGAGGGGUUUGUCAACCUCAACUUCUUAUGCAGAUCACCAUACUUCGCUUAGGAGGAGGAACAUCACUAACCAUCGGGAAGUACAUGGAGAUGGAGAUGAAUCGACAUACGAACUAAAAGAGAGGACCUACUCUCAACCCGAACAAAAAGGAGAUAUAUACGGGGGAGCAUCAAGAUUCGAAUUGGAUGAAAGCCAAUCAAGUCUUCUAGGCGAGUCUUCCAACCCAAAAACGCGAGCAGGAAAAUUGAUAGAUCUGGCAGAUGAUGGUUUUGUCGAACAUGAACAUGGGGGAUCUGAUUCACCUCAGGAAAGAGAGAUCAGAGAAGUCAUCUUUAGUCUUACGCCUACACCAUUACGAUCUAAUUCUCGGACCUCGACACCACUCCAAAGAUCAGGUCAUGUCACACCUGAAUCUGUCAACCCUUUCCUAUCUCCUGAAGAUGCACAUGUUUUACUAGAUCGACCGAAGGAUGAUGAUCAUCUAGAUCCAAGAACAUCAUCAACUUCAUUUUCAUUCUUAUCUCUCUCACAAGCAUCUUCUCCUGACCCUCUACCUCAUCCCAAUCUCAUCAACCAUCAGCAGCAGCAUCCGUCAAACCGAGAUGCGCAUGUAGAAGAAGUUGAGGAAGAUUAUGGUACACCGACAAUAGGAGAUGACGAAGACGAGCAAGAAGUGUUAUCGCUUUCGGAUAUCAUCAGCGUCAGUAAUACAGAAUACGAAGAUGCCGAAUCGUAUACACCGGUAUCCCGUUCCCUCAGUCGAAAUUCUAAUCCAGCUCAGGCGGACCCAUCAUAUGGGAUUGUGAAUGAGAUGGGAUUGAGCUAUAUUCCUCUAUCUGUACCUUCCACAAGGGGUCCAAUGAGCGUGAUCAGCGUGGAUGAUUCGGCGUCAGUGGGUGAAAGCGAUUGGGAUAUCUUAUCCGAGACCGGUAGAUAA